AUGGCCAAUAGAUUCACUUCCAUGAUCAAACCUUCUCUUUCCGUCGCUUCCUCCCUUCUGUCUCUUGGAUUCCUCGCGCUUUUCGCGUCACUGAAGAUGAAAUUCUUGACUCCAGUGGCCUUGACGCUCUUGUCAUCAUCAGACUCUUCAAGUUCGGGUCAGUUUUUAUAUGUUUCUGAAUAUUUUUGUGGGGUUUCUUUGGAUUUCAGACUUAUCAAAUUUUUUUUUGUAUGCUCUCUUGUGGGGUUGGUGGUACUUCUCCUAGUAAAUUAUAAUGGCCAGGAUGUACCAUACCAGAGCUAUCACUCCUUGGAUUCUUUUACAAUAUCUAACAUUACUCCUGGUUCUAACAGGCUUUGGGUGCAUUUUUCAUGCUUGUGGAUUUUAUCUUUCUACGGCUUAUACCUACUAUAUCAGGAAUAUGAUGAAAUUUUGGUUAAAAGGAUUCAACAACUUCAGAAGAUUAGGCAUCGACCUGACCAGUUUACUAUUCUUGUUCGGGAAAUUCCCAUUUGCUCAGAACACAAGGCUCGUGGGUGUUCUGUUGAUCACUUCUUCUCUAAACAUUAUCCAUACAGUUAUCAUUCUUAUCAAAUGGUAUACAAAGAAAAAGAUCUUGAAGUGUUGUUGGAGCAACCUGUUGCCUUCGUUAUAUUCAAGUCUCGUUGUGGUGCUGCACUAGCCGCUCAAUCUCAGCAGCACUCACAUCCACUUCUAUGGAUCACCGAAAUGGCUCCAGAACCAAGGGAUGUAUCAUGGAGGACUUUGGCAAUUCCAUAUAGAAUACUUCCACUUUACAAAAUUGGAGUUGUUCUUGCAGCAUCACUUCUUACAAUUUUCUUUGCUAUCCCAGUCACUGCUGUUCAAGGAAUUGCCAAAUAUGAGAAACUGAAGAAAUGAUUUCCUCCAGUCAUGGCUGUAGAAUUAAUGUAAUGACUCUGUUCCUGCU